AUGUGACUGAUCAGGUGACAAGCUUGAAAAACAGUUUGAAUCCAAGCCCGAGCAUCUCCAGCAAACUGGACACCGCCGCCGAAAUGACCCCGAACCCGAAACAGAACAAGCAGGCGACCAGCAAGCCGCCGGAAGAGCCGGCUGCCGGUGGUAGCACCAGCAAUCCCGAAGAUAACACCUCCGGCGAGGAGUUCCAGGAGGGCGAGGACGAAGACCUUGAAGUCUCGCUCGACGAGUUCGACUCGGUCAACAACUAUCUGGACUCGCUGAACACGGCACUGGAUGCCAUUGAGCAGCGGAACGAUAACCUGCAGGAGCAGCUGCUGAGCUUGCUGCAGUCGAACCGCGAAAUCCGCAAGUCCAUGCAGGAAGAGGCCGAAAAGAGGCCUCCGAACGGUGGAGCUGGAGCGAGUGGGAAGGAACCGGAAGCGGCCGCUUCCGGUGAAGCUAUGGAGCAUUGAGCUUAGGUUAAGUCUUUUAUUCCAAAUCAAGUAUUGUGGGUUUGAAUAUUUGUGUAAAUAAAGCAUAUUUAUCGGUG